AUGAUUGGUGACCCUUCCAGUGCUGUAGAGGUCAUCGACAUCUCCCUGGAGCAUGGUGAGGUGCGUGUUUACGGCGAUGUCAGCUACUACUGCUUCACGUCAAACACCACCAUAUCAGACAACACCACUGCCGGAUUCAGCCUGGAGAACACACCAUUCAUCCCCUCCACCCGCAACCGCUUCAUGGCCAUCGGAUGCAAUACCCUGGGGCUCAUUGGCGGCAACACAUACAGCAACUCAGACAUUUAUGUGACUGGCUGCUACUCAUACUGCCAAGGCAUCAACAGUACAUCUGACGGAGCACCAUGCGCUGGGAUGGGAUGCUGUGAGACCACCAUAUCCCCCAACCUCACCGACUUCGCAGCGCUACUGUACAACCAGAGCCGUGUGUGGAGUUUCAAUCCAUGCUUCUAUUCGAUGGUUGUUGAGGACGGGUGGUACAGCUUCAGGAGGCAGGACCUUGUCGGGCACCUUAGGUUCAUAAAGGAAAGAGCAAAGAGAGGUGUUCCGGUUGUCGGUGACUGCGCCAUUAGAAACGGAUCCUGUCCAAAAGAUGGGGCAAAAGCACCUAAAGACUAUGCUUGUGUCAGUGCCAACAGCUACUGUCUGAGUGCAAGCAAUGGGCCAGGGUACCUUCGCAACUGCUCUCAAGGUUACGAGGGAAAUCCUUCUCUUUCCGGAGGCUGCCAAGACAUAGAUGAGUGCAAGCUACGUAAGCAGGAUCUGAAGUACAAAGAAUUAUAUCCAUGUGAAAAUGGGGUCUGUCACAAUACACAAGGAGGCUAUAUAUGCAAGUGCAGGAUAGGAACAAGAAAAGAUGGUACAAAUUCUGGAUGCUGGCCUGUGCUUUGUCAAGCUGAACAGGUGGCCAUAGGCCUCUGUGCAGGUGCAGUUGUGGUGGUAUCUUUGACUUGCUUACUGGUUAUGAAGUUACAACGGAACAAGCAUAGAAGGGAGAAGGAUGAUUAUUUCAAACAAAAUGGAGGUCUCAAAUUAUAUGAUGAGAUGAGAUCAAGGCAAGUUGACACCAUUCAUAUACUUACAGAGAAAGAGAAAAGAAAGCCACAGAUAAUUUUAGUGAAGAUCAUGUUCUUGGAUAAUACCAAUACCAUUGGAUCUAAGAUUGAAUAUUGCUACACAGUCAGCAGAAGCUCUUGCCUACAUUCAUUCAUCAACUUCUCGCACAAUUGUGCAUGUAGAUGUCAAAUCCCUAAUAUACUCUUGGAUGAAGAAUACAAUGCAAAAGUGUCAGAUUUUGGAGCAUCAGCACUGAAGCCCAUGGACAAAAAUUAUUUCAUUAUGCUUAUCCAAGGAACUCUUGGUUAUAUCGACCCUGAGAGUUUUGUCAGUCACCACUUAACUGAUAAAAGUGAUGUAUACAGCUUUGGGAUCAUUCUUUUGGAGAUAAUGACAAGAAAGAAGGCCAUCUAUAUUGAUACUUCUAACGAACAAAAAGCACUAUCCUAUACUUUCAUACUGAUGUUCCACCAGAAUAAGCUCUGGGAUGUAUUGGACACUGAAAUAGUAGAUGAUGAAGUUAUGAUAGUACUCGAGAAACUAGCUCAGCUCGUCAUGCAAUGCCUGAGCCCAAAAGGAGACGAAAGGCCAACAAUGAAGGAAGUUGCAGAGCGACUACAAAUGUUAAGAAGACUUCAGACACAGCUUGUCACCAAGACCAACCCUAUUCAAGAACAUUAUUCUUAUGGAGUGCCAUUAGUUUCUGUGCCUUCAGAUGAGACUGAGAUGUUAGAGGACUGA